UCAUCUCUUGGCAUUUAUUUCAUUCGGUCCCGACACAUCCACUCUGUCCCCGCCCAAGGUAUUCGUUGGUACCAGAUAAUACCAGCCUUCACCCUACAGGAUGUGCGUACCUCGUCCGUAUAUCGUUGGCUUUGGUCGCUUAUUCACUUCAACUGUUGCCGCUGCUUUCUCUGUCUUCAACAAGCUCAAGACUCCGGGUAUCUUCUGCCUUCUUCAACCCUACUUGAGACACAGACACAAGCGUUUCGCUGUCGGUCGAUCGGCCGGCCGGCCUUGGGUUGCAAUUGCAGGUCUUGGCAGUAAUUGUGCAACGCAUUGUCCACCUUAUACUGAAUCUGUACAGAUACGGAUACGCAUACUUUGCUAUGGUCUGCCUCCAGGAGUCCAGCCCUCCAUUCUAUCGUCUGCGCCCCAUUCAGUGAUGCCGCACCUGUUCACAACUGCCAAGCCUCGGGGGCUUUUCUUUCAUUCAACGGAUGGGAUAUGGGAAAGAUCAACUCCGGCCCUUGCUUCCAAUUCUAUUGUCUACGGGAACGUCGAGGAUUCAAGUGCCCGACCAGGUUGGAGACUUGGAACAACUGCCUGCCGGGCCUGGACUGUCAUUCCGAAUCUUUCGUACGAGCCUACGAGGGUAUCCGACACACAGUGUACGGAUCCCUUACAGUUUGGACUUGAAGACUGGGUUUUACCCACUUGCUCAUCCUGCCCUCCUCCACAGUCCCCCGUCUGCCCUGACCCUGACCACUCUCGAUUCGUCCUCUCGUCCGCCAAUGCCAACAAUAUAAAAUCUCCUCGGUGGGGCCCAUGGGAACUCGGUAGAUGCUGAUCACUCGGAAAGGUCCUUGGCUAGCGCAUCGACUGAUUCAGUCUACCUCGGAAGCUCGAUGGUUCCCUUGUAUGCUUAUUUUUCGUUUUCACUAAGUCGAGAUCUAAGCACCAAGCUCCAAGUUUCCCCCCAAGUAACAGUACGGAUAUGCGCAGUGCGUGCAGAUACCUACGACCGGGAA